CACUCCCAGUCACACCAUUGGGGAGUGAGAGGCGAGAGACAGAGGGGGGUAGAAGAGGGAGUGGCAGACAGACGGAAAGAGACAGAGAGCAAGAGGGAGACCCAGAGAGUGAGAGAGUGAUACAGACCGAAAGGACCUGUUUUAAGAUUGGAGCAUUCUAGAAAGCCUUCUGGACCUCAAGUCGAAAUACAGAAACCACCCAACAUGGCAUCGCAGAGCUCAGCUCAUGGCAGCGUCUUCUCUAACCAGACGGGAUUUAAUGCACUGGAAUCCAACGUUCCCGGGCUGGGAGGGGUCAUCCUGGACCAGCUCAACAUGAAAGACUAUGGAGAGUACAGGGAAGCUGUUGAGGGGAAGACCAAAAUAAUCUCCUUCAAGAACUACAAGGAGAUGUUCCAGAAGAUGGAGGAGACCUUUAAGUUCUGCGCCAGAUGCAGCAAACUGCCCCACAACCUGUCUGGAGCAGAGACCCUCAAACGCUGUGGGAAGUGUCUGAAUGUGUACUACUGCAGCAAGGCGUGUCAGAUGGCGGACUGGCCUGACCACAAGAAGGCCUGCAAGAAGCUUCGCCUGGUGGCUAUCGACCGCCUGGUGGAGUGGUUGAUGUUCACUGGAGACCUCCCCGUCCCCACGGAGCCGCAGUGGAGCCGGCCGGCGGCUGAGGUGGGGAGCUGGGAGGCCUGGCUGGCCCUGCAGGGGGGCUUCGAUGCGGCCCUGGACGGCGUCCUCAUCUCCCCCAACAUGGACACCCUGUGGAGCAACGUGGAGCGGCCGCGGCCCGAAGCCGCCGACCUGCGGGACGCAGUGUGGCGCGUCCAGAGCGAGUUCCUCUCCCGGGUGCUGACCGUGGUGGCCGCCCUGCAGCGCUUCGGCCUGGACCCCCGCGACAAGCCCCUGACCAUCCACCUGGCGGGGGCCUCUCUGAACGAGUCCAUGGGGGCCCGUCUGACGGACUACGACGAGUUGAACCGAGCCUUCCCCGGACACCAGGGGGUGGAGGUGGUGCUGGUGGGGCCGGAGCUGGUGGACAGCCCCGUCAUCAGGCCCCCCCUCAAGGCGAUCGGCCCCGCGGAGAGGGUCUACAUCAGCGCCUACAAGGGCCUCUACCACAACUUCUGGGAGGAGCUGGUGGAGACGGAGAAGGCGGCCAGACCGGACCUGGUGGUCGGCUUCCACCCCGGUUUCCAUGCCAACCCUGGUCUUCUAGAGGGCUGGAUGCCCACUCUGCUGCUCCUGAGCGAUUACAACAUCCCUACUUUCUUCAGCAUGUUCAGCGAUGCAGAGCUCCAGGCUUCGCUCGGUAUCCUCCAUGACAUGGAGAUCAAGGUCCUGGCCAGCGGACCCAGCCCCUUCAGCUCCCACAAGCCUGAGAUGGUCCAGUCCUGUCCCAACAAGCCCCUGGUCUACUGCAACUCCUGCUUCAUCUGCUACCAGGGCAUGCUGGGGUCUGCCACCAGCUAGCAGAACAUCAGGACCUGAAUCUACUGCAGCUCCUGCUUCCUCUGCUACCAGGGCAUGCUGCUGUUCCUCUGCUACCAGGGCCUGCUGGGGUCUUCCUCUGCUACCAGGGCCUGCUGGGAUCUUCCUCUGCUACCAGGGCCCACAGCUAGCAGAAAAUCGCAGCAUCAGGGUCAGAAGCUUUGCUGCUGUCCUCUAGAACAGAAGCACCCGACCAGGCAUACGGUUGUGUACGAGAAAAAGUUCCUAUUUACAAUAUAAUUGGCAUUAUUUAGGAUUUGCUUAAUUGUUUAUUCAUAUAUAUGUAUAUAUAUAUAUA